GCGGUAGAGUAGAGGACAAUAGUCCGGAGGGAGAGAAAGGAGUCAGGAUGGCCGCACCGACACCCGAGCGCGAGCGCAAAGGUCCUUGGGCGAAUCGAGUUCUUAGCACCGAGAUUGAAAGGACGCAUGAAUACAAUGAAUUCAUCGAUAAGCUCAGAGCGUAUCACCAGAAACGAGGGUCAGUCGGAGCAUCCCCAUGUCUUUUCUUUUCUUUUCUUUUCUUUAGGGCUUUUCAUUCGCAUCGCCCGUCCAUCCAUCCAUUUGCUUGCCCUUCAGGGCGCCGUCUGCUUUGAGGAGCUUAGGGCUAACUGCGACCCUUUUCUUUCCGCAAAUUUUUCUGCUUCGCAGGACUACCCUCACCAUCGAACCAGAGCUGGGUCGCAAACUCCUCGACCUGCGCAAACUCUACAAUAAAGUUACAUCAUUAGGCGGAUACGAUAAGGUUACCGAAGAAAAAGGUUGCGGUCCCUCUAUUAACCCCGUCUUGCCGUGGGUGGGCGCUGAUCGUGACACUGGAAAUUCUCAAGGUGCCUGGAGGGAUCUCGCGCUGGGAUACAAGCUUGCUGCGAACAAUACCAACGCUGGCUAUCUCCUCAAGACCAUCUACUACAAAAAUCUCGCGUACGUCAACCCCGGCCCCCGCCAUCUCCCCGACCCUUCUGGUAUGCCCCCUGCUGACCCCACACAGGGCAUACGAAAUCUCGAAUUUCUUCGGAAAAGAGCCCCCACCCAAGGAGUGGCUGGAAGAGAGAUCUGCCGCUGGGGGUUCCAUCAUGACCAGAACCGCGGAAGACUUCCAGGAAGCGUCGCCGCGCCCGGAAUCAAAAGGGGAUAAAUCGCCAACCCCUCCUCCUUCCGAGAAGCGAAGUAUGUCUCCCUUGCCCUAAUCUUUGUGGAUACAAUUUUCACAUAACCUAAUAUUUAAGUCCGGGAUUAUCCCAUAGGCCUUCGUCAAGCGCCUACCCCCAGAACCUUCUACAACCCUGACACGACCCCACAGCGCCAACACUCCUCCCGCAUGUCUUCCGAUUCCCGACAGCAGGGCCAACAGGGCUCGCCAAACAACCAGAUGAAUGGCAGCACACUGAAUUUCCCCAGCUUUCAAUCCAGUAGCAUCAACGCGCCAAUCGGAAGGCCAGUCGCGACACCUCGGAAUGCCCCGCACGAGUUUAUAAACCACAAGCGGAGGGCGGCAGAGGUUCUUGUCUCCAAUCCUAAUAGGCAUGGGGGUAUAUAUCCAUUCCGCGCGAUUAGAGGGGAAGUGUGCUGAAUAUAGGAACUAGCUGGACAUCAAGGAGCCGCCCUAAUGGUCCGAAUCUCGAUGGGUCUCAAGUCUGGCAUUCCCAGCGAGGUUGACUACGCUCUGAGUCAAUUGGUUCGAAUAUCAUUCGAAUCCGGCGACGAAUUACGUGCGGAGUCGUAUCCAGGAUUAUCCGAGGCUCUCUUCGAGAAACUAGUCACCGUUCAAUCUCUUGCUGACACCCGCUACCCCGAGGGCACCGGAGAGCUUUUGGAGGAUUCAAAAUUCGUGAAGCAGCUCGAAAAGAUAAACGAGGCCGCUCUUGUUCUCCGCAACAUGUCUUUACAACCUGAUAACGCAAGAUACUUUUCCCGGCUCAAGAACGGCCGGCAAAUCAUAGUCGCCUGUAUGAACCUGCCCGGACAGAGCUGUUUUGUGGAAUUAAAACACUACGCGCUGGAUAUGGUCGAAGCCAUGGCGAUCCACUUCUCACUCGCUGUUGACGAUGACUUGUUCCCGACCCUUCAUGCGAACCUCCUCUCCGACGACCGUGGCCUAGUUCUAGGCUCACUGAAGGCAAUCUGCAGGCUUGUUAUGGGUCGCGACGAGGCCAACUGCAUAGGGCAGAUCAACAAAUGUGCGAUCGACAGAAUCAAGGCGCUCAUCAUGCUGGAAGACGAAGACUUGGUUUCCGCUUGCCUUGACUUCUUAUACCAGUACACUACAAAUGAGGAGAACGUGGAGAAGCUGAUACAGCCGCCCGAUGGGAUCGAGAUAGUCAAACAGUUGACAAGAUUACUAUUACAUCAGGCCGUUCCAGGUGAUCAAGUUGUGUUUUUGACGGGCUCGCUAAAGCCCAUCAUCAAACCCCCGGUGAUACCUAAUCUGCCCCAGGAAAUUGUCACUGACUUGUUGAGUUAUGCUGAGCCAGAUCGUGCAGCCAAAUGGUUAGUCCUUACGUAUGCCACAUGUACAUCAUUUGUUGCUGACAGCGUUUACACAUUAGGAUGAGAUGCUGCUUCGAGGAAGACCCAGGCGCCGACAUCACCCAGAUAGCACUCUGGCAAGCGUACCAAGCACGCUUCACCGAAUACGUCGCUGCCGGUCGCCCCCUCCUCCCUGCCGCAGAAUUCAUCAAAAACGUAAGCGUAGCCUUCAACAACGCUUCAGCAAUGGUCCUCCCCAUACCCGGUGGCGGCCAAAAAUUCAUCAUUAAGGGCAUAAAAGCCCGGGAAACGCCAAUGUCUGUAAAGGGCCAAGUCUACCUCGCCUGCAAAUGGAUCACCGGCACCAAUAGCAACACCAGCGGCACCGAAACCGCACAACAACAACCGGCCCAACCCAUCAAAUGCCCCUCCCAACUCGCGACACCCCAAGACCUCUGGGUGCACAUUCUAAAAGACCACCUCUCCCCGCCCGAUGCCACACAGCAACCACAGGCAAUGCUCUUAUGCAACUGGGGCGGCUGCGAGCGCUUCCACCCCGCCGGCGACUCGGACAGGAGAAAAGUAAUAGCCCACGUGCGAACGCACAUGCCUGAAACCAGUCCACCCAAAAGCUCCCACCCUUCCUCCCGUUACCCCACAGCAAGCGACUGGCUCGAGGAUCCCAAGCAGGUCAAGCUAGUCAUCAGGCGCAACCAGACGGGCAUCGACGACCGCGGUGAGGCCGCGGGGAUACCGCUCACGGCCGUGCUGGUGCUCAGGAACGUGGCCAGGCGCGGCAUGUUCAAUGGGAAGGAAUUGCUGAGCGGAGAGAGGCCCGUCCUGUUCGAGAUUAUGGCGGUCAACAAGCCGCUCGCGACCUAUAUCGCGGAUCUAUUGGUCGAGGAGGAUGAGGGGGAGGUUGAUGAUUAGUUUCUUUUCUUUUGCACCUCACGGGGUCAAGGUAGAGAGGGGGGUAAUUGUACUUUUAGCUCUAAUUCUUCCUUUUAACUCUCAAACUCAUCCCCCCCCCCUUCUCCCCCCCCCAAAAAAAAUACCUUUUGUUAUCGUAGAAUUGCGUUUGGUGGCAAGGUAGAUGGGUGGACGGACGAAUGGAUUUACAUACCAAUCUCUUCUUCUUGUCAAGUUCACUUUAUCAUUGAGGCAGGGAAAUUAGUUUGGGGAGGAGGCUUUUGUUGUUACACAUUUCUAACCUCCCAUAUCAUGUCACACUUUUUCUAUCUCUUGCAUCGCUCUACUUUCUUCGAGCCCCUUUUACCCGUCAAGUUCUCUGCGGGAAUAGGAAUGGGAGUUGUAACUAUCAUAU